AUUAGUACUAAUAUUUGAACACUAAAUGAAGUAUAAUCAUUAUUACUCCCAUCAUUCAUUAAACCAUUGACUAGUACUUAUCUUAAUCCAAAUUAUUCCCAAGAGCAACAAGGUGGAAAUUCUCUGCAUUCAAAAAUAGUUAGAAUGUUAGAUACUUAACCGUUUGAUGAAUCUUUGCUACUCUUCAGAUCUUUCUCCAACUCUUCCCCUUUAAGUUGCUGUGUUCGAGGAAUGUUAAUAGUUUUAACAUAUAUGAAAGUUCUUGCCUGUAGCAGAAGCGAUUCACGUGUACUGUACUUGUGCUUCCUAGUGAACUAAGAGGACUUUUAAUGUCACACUACAAGCUACGAUGCCUGGAAAAACAGAUAAAUAUCUGCAUAAAGAAGUUGUGAGCUCAUCACAAGUAAAAAAUGUGUUGAGAAGAUUAGAGAAAAAGAGGUCUAAGCUGAAAUCAAAAUCUCAUGGAAAGGUUACUCAGGCAUCUUCAUCAAAGAGAAAAGUUGCUGCUGAAGGUAAGGGAAGGUGCAGUUCUGGGGGAAACAUACUUAAGAAAGAAAUACUGCAAAAAGCUGAAUCAUCGAAGAAGCAGUCCGUAUUGAGCUGCCAAGGGGAGGACAACUUAAAACAUGAAAACCUGGAUACUGGGUCUGAAAAGUUAAAGAGAAGGAGAAAAAAGAGGAGAAGAAAACGUGAUGCAGAUCCAGAUGAUGUUUCACCUUUACAAAGGAGGACAAGAUACCUCUUGAUCAAGAUGAAGCUAGAGCAGAACCUUAUUGAUGCUUAUUCUGCAGAAGGCUGGAAAGGUCAGAGUCGAGAAAAAAUUAGGCCAGAAAAAGAACUACAGAGAGCGAAGAAACAAAUAUUAAACUGCAAGCUUGGAAUAAGGGAGAUAGUUCAUCAUCUGGAUCUGCUUAGCUCUGCUGGGCAGAUUGAUGAUUCUGCUAUUGCUCCAGAUGGAUCUGUCCAUCACGAUCAUAUUAUUUGUGCCAAAUGCAAAUUGCAAGAAGCUUUCUCUGACAAUGACAUCAUACUUUGUGAUGGUACAUGCAACUGCGCCUUCCAUCAAAAAUGUCUUGAUCCUCCACUAUCAACAGAAAAUAUACCACCAGAUGAUGAAGGCUGGUUUUGCAAAUUUUGCAAGUGUAAGAUGGAAAUAAUAGAAGCAACAAAUGCUCAUAUCGGCACCCACUUUGCUAUGGAUAGUAACUGGGAGGAUAUCUUUAAGGAAGAGGCUCUACGGCCUGAAGGUGAGGAGUCCUUGUUAUGCCCUGAACAAGACUGGCCAUCUGAUGACUCCGAAGAUGAUGAUUAUGAUCCUGAAAAAGUUGCUAAUAGUCACAGUAGUACUGAUAGCUUUGAUAGUGGUUCUUCUAGUGAAGGAAGCAGUGGAAGCAUGUUAGAAUCACUUGAAGAUGAAUUGUUAGCUUUAACAGGAAAGCCAGAAGGUGGAAGCAGUGGAAAAGAUUAUUUGUCUAAACAGAUUGCUGGGUUAGAUUACGAGGAGACAACUGACGUCGAUGUUCUAUCUGCCCCCAGACAGAGAAGAGCUGUUGAUUAUAUCAAGUUAAAUGAUGAAAUGUUUGGAAAGCAUGCUCCCGCAAUUGAGCAAAAUAGUGAAGACGAAGAUUGGGGUCCAGGUAAAAGAAAGCGUAGACGGAAGGAGUCUGAAUCAGAUGCUGCAAGCACCCUUAUAACCCUUUUCAAAAGUGAGAAAAGUUGUUCAGAAAAAACAGCAAAUAAAGUGGAAAAAGAGUCUUUCGGUCGACCAGCCAAGAGAGAAAUAUUCAGGAUUCCUCCUGAUGCAGUUGAGGAACUUCGCCGUGUAUUUGCUGAGAAUGAACUUCCAUCUAGAGACGUGCGGGAGAACCUCUCCAAGAAGCUGGGUAUUGAAUAUGAGAAGGUGAACAAAUGGUUCAAGAAUGCACGGUACAUAGCCCUUAAGGCUAGAAAGCAGGCUGAGAGCACAAAACCAUGCGAAGUUACUAGUCCUACAACAUCAGUAGGACGUAUACCUGAUACUGUAAAGGGUGAACCAGCAGAUCAUAUUUCAUCAAGUGAUGCAGAAGAAAAUGCAGCCCAGGCACCUAAAAAUCUUGGGAGAUCACCUAAUGAAGAAACUCCCAACUUGGUGAUCCGUCCUUCCAAGAAAAAGCAUGUCAAAAAAGCAGUAAAGCAAUCAACAUAUAAAGUAGAGACAGUUGUAGAAUUUGGCGAUGACAUGAGCCUGAAACUUCUGCGAGAGAGAGCAAAAAAAGAAAGGAGAAAACUCAAUUUUAAGGAGCGGGAAAAAAUACAAGAAGCUGAAGCUGAGAUGCAGAAGCUUUGUAGAAUCAAGGACAAAAUAGCGAGACUCCAGGACAUUUUACUAAGGUUUCCAAAUCACAGAUGUAGAAGAGCGGGUGCUUCUAGUUUAGACGAAUCAUUGGUUGUCUUUAUACCUUUUGCAGAGUUACAGGACAAAAGGUGACUUAUCACAUCUUUUUUUUUCCCCUUAAGAGUUGUGUUCCUCCUUUUUUGACAAAUCAACAAAGACAAACAAGUAGGUUGUUCGAGGCAAAUUAUAAGAAGAAAUCUUCUUUUUGCAAUAUACAUGUAUAGUUUUCAAUCUUUUUUUAGGACUUCCAACGAAAUAGAAUGUACAAGAUUGUAAUUUGUAACCUUAUAUAAUAGAUCAGUUUCAGUUA